AUGACAGCAGUAGACUACAUUCCUUCCAGUAAACAUUCCCGCAGACGCAGUGCCGAGGCCGACUUGCUGAAUCUUCAUUCCAAAAGCCACAUCACAAACAACAACGACUUGUCUGGCAUUUGGACUCCAGUGCAACCAUCCAGACGGCACAAUAACAAUCGUGUGGUGUUUCCAGAACGGCGUCAAUACCAGCCAUCCGGGGCAAUUAUGGGGGGUGGUGAAAACGAUGGUGAGAUGACCUUGAAGAAUAAGCCACAGUUGAGCAUAGACACAAACAGCAAAUACGAUGAUGAAGAACGGCAGGCAACACCUUCAACUGUCGCUUCUAGUACACCCAGAACACCAUAUGGUGUUCGAGGGUCUGGAGAUUUGCGAUCUCCUGGGGAAGAGAUGACACCCGUGGCCCAAGUGGCCAAACUGAGCAGCAGCCAAGCUCUGCCAGAUUUCAUAACACAAACCGAUGCCAGUGGCAACGCUACCACACCAAGAUCAUCACAAGCGAUUCAAGGGGCAAGACAGACUCAUCCUUCGGGGCCAAAACCCAGAUUGCACGUUGGGAAACGGGGAAAGCUGACGGAAGAUGACGAGGAGGAUGACGAUGAGGCCCUCGCUCGUGAUGAUCCAUGCGAGUCUUUGUUUGAGAACCUCCGAAUGAUGUGCUGCUGUCUCAUGGAUGAUCACCAUCUUAAAUUGGAAGCGGUACGAACGGAAGAGUCGGAUGGCCAAGUUAAGCUACUUGGUGACCUGCAUCACGACGAUACUGGAAAGAUGUGUCUGGUAUUGGAUCUAGACGAAACACUUGUUCACUCGAGUUUCCGACCGGUUGCCAAUUCCGAUUUUGUCAUUCCCGUUGAGAUUGAAAACGUCACACACUUGGUCUAUGUCGCCAAGAGACCAGGAGUCGAUGAGUUCCUGGUGGAAAUGGCCAAACACUACGAAAUUGUCAUUUACACUGCUAGUCUCAACAAGUACGCAGAUCCACUCUUGGAUCUGCUCGAUCCCCACAAGACCAUCCGAACAAGAUUGUUUCGUGAAUCCUGUGUCUACUACGAAGGGAAUUACGUCAAGGAUCUCAGUCUUCUGAAUCGUGACCUUUCCCAGACCAUCAUUAUUGAUAACUCUCCUGCUUCCUACAUGUUCCAUCCGGAAAACGCCAUCGAUUGUGCCUCCUGGAUCGAAGAUAAAAGUGACAGAGAGCUGGAUCAAAUAGGUGCCUUCUUGAAGGGAAUCAAGGACGCCGAGGAUGUCCGAGGACUCAGCAAUCGAUGGAGGGAGUGGCCCUCCACUCAUAACCAGCAGCACGAUUGCUAA